AUGACUCAGAUCGAGACUUAUCAAUCAACGGUCCAGAUUGAAUCUGCUUGGACAUUAAGUGAGCUGAUGGGCCGACACCAAGGGAGUGGGCUGCACAAGGUUAGUUUUAAUUUGCGGCGGACUGCAGAUGUGAAUGUAGACACUAGCAAAUCAUCAAUUAUUUUUGUAUUGAGAAGUGACUGUAGCCCUCGCCGCCACCCUAUUCCGAUUGUCCAUUCCGCAUCCUUCUCCGCCGUCGCUCACCGCUUCUCUCUCGAUUCCGCCACGGUGUGCAGAGCUUUCUAUUCCGUGUGCAAAGCCAUUGUCGAAAAUCUCGGCCAUUUGUUCGAAUUCAGCUCGGAUAUCAAUCGGGUUAUCGUCGGUUUCGGUUGGAUUUCUCUGCCCAACUGCUGUGGGGUUUUGGGGAUCGAGAAGUUCGAAUUGGAAGGCGAAAAAAUCGGGUCUUUGUCGGUUCAAGCGUUGGUUGACUCCGAAGGUAGGUUCUUGGAUGUUUCUGCCGGUUGGCCGGGUUGUAACAAACCCGAAGACGUGUUGAAAAUGUCGAAGCUUUUCGUCGGAGUCGAGGAUUCGAAGGAGUACUUGAGCGGGCCGGCUUACGACUUAGAUCCCGAUAAUUCGAUUCCGCAGUAUAUUUUGGGGGAUUCGUGUUACCCGCUUCUGCCGUGGCUGUUGACGCCGUUUAACGAGGAGAAAAACGGGGAGUUGGGUUGUUCGGAAAGAGUGUUUAACGACAUGCAUUGUAGAGGGAUGGAAUUGGUAGGGACGGCUUUCUUGCAGGUCAAGAAAAGAUGGAAGCUGUUGACGAAGAAAUGGAAGGAGCAGUGUGUCGAGGCUUUCCCUUUCGUGAUCGUUGCUUGUUGUUUGCUGCACAAUUUUCUCAUAAAGUGCAGUGAGGUAUUGCCCGACGAAAAAAACGGGGACGACGGCCGUAUCGAGAGAGCGUUUGCCGUGUACGAUGGAGAGGAUAAUGAAAGUGGGAAGCGAAUUCGGGAUGCACUUGCUUCGCACUUGAGUCGGGUAAGUCAGAGAACGUAAACUUGUUUGUAGCACUUUUGUAGGUACAUGUAAUGUAGUCGAACCGUACAAGUUAGUAUUUUUAUUUAAAUGAAAUCGAUCGAAGUUGCCAAUCGAAAUGCAUUUCUUGUUUUUGGAUUU